GGGGAACCCCAGACUUGCUAUCAUGGAUAUGACUCUUUUGAGUUUCCAAGGAGCAACCGUUUGCGGUACCAUUCUCGAAUAUCAAUCGCUAAAUAUCAGUUGAGAAAACGCUUCACUAAGGGAUGCAAGAAAACAUGCCUUACCACCAAGUGGGUACCCCAGUGUUGUGCAAACCACUAUGGAAAGAACUGCCAUGUGUGUCCCGGAGGACUGGAAGCACCAUGCCAAAAUCGUGGUACAUGUGAUGAUGGGCAUAAAGGCUCGGGACAGUGCAAUUGUAGUGCAGCUUUUGUUGGAGUGGCUUGUGAACUCUGUGCUCCAGGGUAUUAUGGGCCAGACUGCAAAGAGUGCAAUUGUUCAGGAAACGGGAUAUGCAACGAAGGGCUGCUUGGAGAUGGCUUCUGCUUCUGCUCUGUGGGAUGGACAGGAGACCACUGCGAAACCAAACUAGCUGCAGUGCCUCGUUGCUCCCCAGCCUGCCAUCCAAAUGCUGUCUGCCGAGCUAAUAAUAUCUGUGAAUGUAACCUCUACGAUGAGGGAGAUGGAAAGAAAUGCACAGAUGGGGUUCCACCUCUGUAUAGUAGGUUGGCUUUUUAACCGUACAGCCGGUUACCCAACAGUAUACCCAAGUCAGAACUGUGGUACUCAUCAUGUGGGCAUUGUAAACUAUGGCUAUCGAAACAACGUCAGUGAAAAGUGGGAUGCUUACUGCUAUCAAAUUCAAGAAGUACAGUGCAAUUGUAGGGAUGGGUACAUUGGAGAUGGCUAUUCCUGCACAGGCAGCCUUUUGGAUGUGCUGGCUCAACAGGCAAACUUUUCAGUCUUCUAUUCAAUAAUUCUGGAUUUUGCUAAUACCACUCAAGAAGGAGUAGAUUUUUUAAAUUUCCUCUCUGAGGACAUCGCAUAUAAAACUCUUUUUGUACCCUUGAACUCUGGCUUUGGCGAUAAUACAGUUUUGACUACUGUGAAACCAUCUGCUGCUCUGACAAUUGGCAUAAGCACCGUUUUUGCUAUAAUUCUGCUCUGUACAACUAUCGCUGGAUUAUCCUAUUUCUGCCUCAAAAGGAGAAACCAACUGAUCCACUUUCGCUAUUUUAGGGCUGAGCUAGAUGAUGAUGAACCUUCCUGGCAAGGAAGGAGCCCACACUUAGUAUCCAUUCCAAAUCCUAUUUAUGGAGCAGAUAUCUCGAUCUAUGAGCCAUUUGAGGAGUCUCUCCACAAAGAAGAUUUUGUUGAUACUGAAGACAUUCUUGGAGAAUAAUAAUAUGCUGUAAUACAAACCAGGAUACAAAAAUUCCAGAAAUUUUGAAGAAACAUUUCACAUACCUCAAUUCUAUUCCUUUUAAAGAUUAUGGGAAGGAAUUAUGAUCGAAAGAGCUAUCGGCAUUUACAAUCCCAUAAAUGAUUUCCAAUUUUUUUUUUGUUUAGAAUCCACUCCCUCAUGUUGCAUUGCCUCUUUUUAGAGACCUACAGUAAUAAGUUCUGAGUGUAACUGUAAUAUGAAUGGAAAGAACUUGAAGAUGUAUGUAGUAUGCACAGAAUUCUUUGGAUCCUGUCCAUGAAGCUUCAAUUUUCUACUUAAGAAUGAUUCAUGAAUGUGUCUGGCAAAUGGAUACUGUGAGAACCCUGUCUGGGCCAAUGAAAUUUCAGUUCAGAUUUAAUGAAUGAACAAAUUAACUUUGAAACUGCACUACUGACCUUACCGGUAAACUGUAGACAGCACAUAUUUGUAAACAUUCUGAAUGUUAAUGCACUGUAAAGCAAUUAUUAACAUUUUUUACUACUAGGUAAGCAUGACUACAUCAACAUGCUACCAGUAAAGAUGCCAAUUAUCUCUCUUUGCCUUAUAAUUAGUAUUGUUUCUUUCUCUCUUCCCAUGAAGAAAACGGAAAUAUAUUAAUUGUAAGACUAUUCCACAAUGAAACAAUGUAUUAUUUUUGUAAAAAAUAAAUGGUGUUAUGCCUAGUAACCAAGCACAUCGAUAUCUCACCCUCGCAACAACAAAUAUUGUCAUUCCAAUAUCAUGUAUUUGAACAUUCCAUUUAGAUCAAGUAUGGGAAAUUAUCCUUACACACACAAUUCUGGAAAAGAUAAACACAAUAUUUUAUUCUGUGGACAGACACAGGAAUCAGAAUUAACCAUUGUACCCAAUUUUGGAAAAACAUCAAAUUAUUUUCCAUGUUUUUAAUCGCCUAUUUCUAAACUAUCUAGCUUUUGCUGAUCAGCCUACCUUGAAAAGUAACAGACAUUGUCUUUACCAAUCAGAGUUUAGGAAGUUCAUUGGUAAUUUAAUGAUUUCAUAUUUAGAAGAUAAACCAAUUAGGCCUCAUCGGUAUUUAAAAAUGGCAGCUGCCUAGCUCAAGCUACAAUACUGCACCAUGGUAUCCCUACUUUCAUCUACCCUGAUGCCUCUUUCAUGAUGCAACUUCUACCUUUUGCUCUCAGUGUUCUUUUAGAGGCAAAAUAUGGAUGUAAAAGUAGUUCAUCAAUAAAACAUUUCCUAUGGAUUGGAAAAGCUACGACACGGCCUCAGAGAGAGAAGGAAGGAACAAGUAUCUCCAGAGAAAAGUUCCAUAAAUGCAACCCUAAUGAUGGCAACAUCCAUGAUCUUUCCUAAUAUAACAAUUUUCUAUAGAACAGACACAAUUACAGAAAAUCAUCAUAUACAUUCCUAUUUUCCAUACGUAACUAUGGCAAGUUAGCUUAUGUGCACAGUGAGUCUUUCUCCUGAAGUG